AUGGGCAGAUCCCCUUCUUGCGAUGAACAGAGUGGUUUGAAGAAAGGUCCAUGGACUACAGAGGAAGAUGAGAAAUUGAUGGAUUAUAUUGCCAGACAUGGCCAUGGAAGCUGGAGAGCUCUCCCCAAGCUUGCAGGCCUGAACCGGUGUGGCAAGAGUUGCAGACUAAGGUGGACAAAUUACCUCAGGCCAGAUAUUAAGAGGGGAAAAUUCUCCGAAGACGAAGAAAGAGUUAUCAUCAAUCUUCACUCAGUUGUUGGAAACAAGUGGUCAAAGAUUGCAACUCAUCUUCCGGGGAGAACGGAUAAUGAAAUCAAGAACUACUGGAACACCCACCUGAGAAAGAAGCUGCUACACAUGGGGAUUGAUCCAAACACCCACAAGCCAAGGACUGACCUCAAUAACCUUCUGAAUCUUUCACAGUUGCUCAGAGCAGCAAAUGUUGGGCAGAUGAAUAUGAGUUCUUGGGACAAUGCCCUGAGCCUGAGGCUACAAGCAGGAGCAGCCCAACUAGCCAAAAUGCAGCUACUGCAACAUUUAUGCAUGCAGGUUGUGAACUCAUCAAGUUCUGCUGCUGCUCCUCCUCCUCCACUUCCUAAUAUUGACAUGAUGAGCACUUUUGCUUAUCAAAAUCUCAACCAAUUUGGAGGGCAAGCCAACUCAUUGGAAGGCUUUGAAGGACAUAAUAAUAGCAAUAAUAAUAAUAAUAAUAUUCCUACUUUUGACAACAACAUGAGCAGUUACUAUGAAGAUAUGCGGCAGACCAAGAACCCAUUUCCUGCAUUAGUUUCAGCAUCUCCUGGGACUUCUUGCAACACCAACACCAACCAAAUGGAAAAUAGCAUGAGUGGUGAUCCUGCAGCAGAUUGCUUCUCCACCCACUCUCCCACCACCAUCUUUGAGGCUUGGGAGAAGCUCAUGGAUGAUGAAACCAGUGAAUCCUACUGGAAAGAUAUUCUAGAGUAG